AUGACCAACGACAUUGGCGUCGUUGACUACAAUGACAGCAAUCGCGCAUUCCUUCAAGCCUUCAUGGCCCAUUCAUCCAUGACCUUUGAAGAAGCAAGACCGAUUUUAGCAGCCAUUUUCUCAGCGCAUGAACGCGAACCUGUCUCCCCCACCGACAUCACCGAAGAAGACCUCUCCUCCUACAUCGCAGCCGCCAACACUGCCGUCUCCCCCUUCGACCUCGAAAUCAGAAGCACCCUGCGGCAGAUCCAGACAAACGGCGAUGACACAAACAUACACCCGGAACGAGUCUACGCCCUCGUGAACACGAUCAGCGAUCCGCUCACCCAGCUCGCGACUACAUACUCACCCGAUGAAAUCGCGUUCGUCAAGCGGUUGCUCGACGCCAUGUUCGAGACCAACAAUACCCGCAUCUCAGAAGCGAUGGUUGUCUCGGGCAUGCAGGCGAUGCAGCUGGCACGGGUGUCUUCUGCGGAUGCAGGCGUCAGCCGGAGGGAGUCGAUGGGGACGGGGACGGGGACUCAGGGUGGGACAGUGCAGUCGUUGACCAUGUCGCAGGCGGAGACGGUCAUGCAGCAGUUGGUUGAGGAGGGGUGGAUGGAGAAGAGCCGGAAGGGGUUCUAUGGGUUGAGUCCGCGGGGCUUGAUGGAGUUGAGGGGAUGGUUGGUUGCUACGUAUAAUGAUGAGACGGAUGAUGGGCGAAGGGCGGAGAAGGUGAAGUUUUGUGCGGCGUGUAGGGAUAUUAUCACGGUGGGCCAACGAUGCGCCAACCGUGACUGCGCUGGCCGACUGCACGAUUACUGUAUUCGGAAUUUCUUUCGCAUGCAGCAGGCGGAGAAAUGUCCUGUUUGCAAGGCUGCUUGGCCGGGGGAUAAGUUUGUCGGGGAGAGGGCGAUUACCUCGACGGAUCGGUAUUUGCAGGGUAAGAGACGGAGCACGAAUACGCAGCGGCAGAGCGGUGAUGGGGCUAGUUCGCAGGUGACUGCUGGGGUGGGUGAGGAGGAGGAGAGUAGUGAGGAAGAUGUGGGAUGA